GAGGCGGGGUGGGUGACACAGACCAAACAAACGCAGUAGGAGGAGUCAGUAUUGUGGUUGGGACGUCUAUGUUAACUUCAGUCUCUUCUCCUCUGUGUCAGCAGGACUACCCUCUAGACCUUGGCUGUGUCGCACACCUCUGAAAUUGCACUUCGAGGCUUGUCUCUGGUAGCUGGGUACAUACAGAGCUUGAUGUUAUAUAGUACUGUGCUGGUUAGUCCAAAUUGAGGCCAUGUGCAGUAGUACUGUGCUAGUGGGUACACCUUGAGGCCAUGUGCAGUAGUACUGUGCUAGUUGACAUCAUGUGAGUGGAGACACGAGCCAUGGAUGAUGCUGUGCUCCAACGGGUGUGUGGUCUUGCUGCGGCAUUUCGCCAGUCUGCACAUCUUCUCUUGGAUCAGCAAUAUAAACUAUCUUUAGACACAUGGUCACUUGGCGAGAUUCAAGAAGCAUUUAGUUUGAUCCUUGAGAUCGAGCAACACACGAACUUUCAUGUGUUGCCUCCCAACCACCGCCAACACUCUGCAAUACCUCAUCUUCAAUUUAUUUAUGACCUCCUUCAGAAGAUCUUUGGUCUAAGACUUUGGGCAAAAGAUGGGCACAGUCUUCCACAGAGUGAAACUAUAAGUCUACGAUGCUUCCGAAAUUUACAGGCUUUAGAGCUCUUACACAUACCUAUCGUUAGUCUCAAAGCUCUACAAACAUUGCGACCUACGCUGCGAUCAAUAGUUAUAGUCAAAGGACUAAAUCGACUAGGUGACCUCUUCAUUCGUUGUGGUGCUGACAAGGCAGGAGAAUUUAUGUGGGAACAGCUACAAGAAGCAGCACUGGCGCACAACUCUCUGCAUUCGCUAGAUCACAGUCUUGGCCUUCUUCCCAAUCUUAAGAUACUAGACUUGAGCCAUUGUGAACUAGAUGAUGCCUCAGCGCUGGAAUACCUACCUACUGUGUCCUUGUUGGACAUCAGUCAUAACCAGCUACGUCUUGUGCCGCGUCUUUCACCUAUAGCUACCUACUCUCUCACUGUUCUCAUUGCUAACAAUAAUCUGUUUUCUCAUAUAAAUGGCUUGCAUGAAAUGAGCAAUAUUGAGGAGCUUGACUUGCGUGACAACGUACUAAGUAUGAAGGAAGUUCUGUCCCCCAUCGGUGCCUUACCCCACUUAAGAGUCCUGAAGAUCUCUGGUAAUCCUCUCACCUGGGACAUCAACUACAGAAGUCAUACUAUCAGACAGUUAAAUCCUGCAACUGCUAAUCAUCAGGUGAUAUUUGAUGAUCAACCACUGUCUAGUCAGGAAUGUGAAGAGGUUGGGAUCAAUGCUGUAUCUGCAGGAUUCUCUUAUCCACCAGAACUUCUCUCGUCUCUCUCUUCACUCGCCUCCCUCUGCUCUCCCAUUGACCCAGUAUGUCCUGCAUCAGGAUCACUUGCGCACUCUCUCUACUCGCCUCAAGAGACAGAUGGAUUGAUAGUUGAUUUGGCCGAUUCGCAGCCAGCAAGUUUAGUGAAUGAGCCAUUAUCUGCAUCAGUCAAGAGCUCAGGCAAUGGACAGCUACGCAGAAAGUCAAGAAAGAAACGCACUCGACAUGUAGAUAUCACAGAUCCGGCGAAUGAAAACAUGGACAGUGACAGUAUGCAUAUGGCUGACAGUGAUCUUUUGGAGAGAAUGGGGACACCACUGACGGUAUCAUUGCUGGAUGGUAUACCAGACCCACCUCCACCGAGCUUGUCUGCAGGAUCGCACUCUCCUUCCUGCAUUGCAGAUUCAGUUUCAAAGGCUCUUACUUCCCACAUCUUCAAGACUGCUAUGAGAACUCCUGCUCCUGAGCAAAGUGACAGAUUACUUGAAGAAAUUCUUCAGUCCAAAACACAGUCAAGAAGACCAGGUGCUCAGAGUGUCAACACUGGUCUAGUCACCACAAGUGAAAAUAUAACUCAUUGUGAUAGAGAAAUGCUAGACUCCAAGAAGGAAAACUUACCUUCAAAUACACUUUUAGAUGAAAUUGACAAGGAAAGUAUUCCUGAAGACAAUCCUUCCACUAGCGAUAUAACAGAUGUGAAGACUAGCAAUGAACCAAGUAUGGAGUCGAGCAUGGAGUCCAGCUUUUAUAAAGGAAGCUCCAAUUUUUCUCGGAGGUCGUCAGAGAAUACGACCCCACCCCAGAGUGAUGAAGAUGAGAAAGAUGAUGCCCACCUUGUCCUCGCUCAGAGGGAGAUAGAGGCAGCGCGUGAAAAUACCUUGAAAGAGGGUGAAGAUGAUACUGAGGGCAGUACAUGCCAGGAGGAUGUUAUCCUUGCUCUUACACCUUUAUUUUUCAAGGAGAAACAUAGCAUCACAACCAGAACACUGUUCAGGUGGGAACUUGGAUGUGUUGAGAGCGUAGAGCUGCUGUCAACGUCACCCCACAGGAUUCUCAUUACUUUUGAUACUAUAAGACCUGCUUACAAGACAAGAACAUAUAUCCUUGACCUUCCUGAUUAUCAGAGUUUGAUGCAAAAUUUAACACCUGUCUUGGAGAGAAAUGCACUUGAGAAAAUGUUGCACUCUGCUAUGAUGUGCCUCACAUGUGACACGCAGUUUUCCCGAGACCUGGCAAUACAGCCCAAUGGUUCCAGCACGCUAAAAUGCCCCAACUGUGGCGGGGGUGUUGUUGUUCGUGUGGAGAAGGUGGAUCAUCCUGCAGUUUCUUCAUCAGCUAUGUAUGAUAAAAAAGAUUUUUUGUGCAGUACCCCUAUAAAACAAACGCCGGUGCAGAAAUCAAGAUCUUCUGUGGGAGUUCAUCUGCCAGGAACAGAUUCGGGUUCAUGUUUGGGGGAGUCUAGUGAGAGUGUGAGCGUGUGCAGUGAGGCAUCGUCGUGUGUUCGACGGGAAUCCGAUGUCGAGGUGAUAUCAAAUCCAUCUGUGUCUAGCAUUGAAGUUCUUAAUGAUCAGCAUAUUAUUCAUGAUAUUAUUUUAGAAGAGGAAGGAGAUGAAGAGAGAGCACCUGUAGCAGCAGGUGUUAAUAUGGAUGUUCGCACACCAGCGAACUCUCCCAGCAUCAUGCAGAAGCAGGAUGCAGCCCCCUGCAUGCAAGAGAGCAGCUCCUCAGGUUCCAUGACAGGGAGUGUGUGCACCACGUAUGAGAAGACAGGAUCACUUCCCACCUCUCCCCUCAAGGCCAGCAUCAACCAACACAUCAACAUUGAUACAGUGGAUUCUAAACAUAACUCUAAGGAGAUCAGUAGUGAUUUGUCAAAUACCAUAUACCAGAAAGCUGAGAGCUCCCUUCCAGUAGCAAUGGCAGGAGCGUCUCCUUCUUCACUUGGCACUUCGCCCCAUCUUAGCUCAAGCAGUGCUAGUAUAGAUACCAUAAAGAAUGGAGUUGCAUUUCCUGCUCUUCACCACAAGGCCGUAAUGACAAGUAUUCAGGAUGACAUAACAUUUCACGAAAACAGCACACCACGAAGUAUAUCUUCGUGGGUUCAGUCUCUCUUGCAUACUCUUACAGGCUACUACUGGCUGUGGUGGGAGGAAGUUACAGAAGUCGAGGACAUUGACAGGAUUUCCAAUCCCAUCCGAUACUCGUAUGAAGACUUUGCCGAUGUCGACCACCGGCUAAAGCUUCACUGUGAAGUUCUUCUCUUCCAUGAACCAGGAGAACAACUCAUAGGGCUUGUUAAGGCUGUGUUGUUGGUGAAGGGAGGCAGGAGAGAGUUCCAGGGUCUUCUUGUUAUCUCAAACAAGAAAGUGUACAUAUUGGAAAUCAUUGCUCAAGAAGACGACAGUCCUCAAACUUGGCUAGAAUUAUGUUCCUCGUACAAGUUAUCCGAUGUGGGUACGAUCCACAGUCUCUACCAGCGACAGGGUCUGGCACUCUCUCUAGCUGAUACAGUUUUGUUGGUAUCACUGGCCGAUUCUCAUCGAGCAAACUGCUUCUUCAAUUUUUUUAGUGAAGUGUUAGAUGAGCAUGGCAUCACUCCCAACAUAGCAGAAUGCAGCCCUUGCCAGGAAGAAGCCCUGACCCAACUUGUCAGUGAGGCAGCGAAGUGUGCCCGGAAGGAGACAACACCUUCUAUUUUUGCUAUUGUCUCCUUACUCCUUGAAGGAGGAUGCAGCGAGAGUCAGUUUUUAGCUAUAAAUGAAAUUGAUCUGGUAUUAUUCCAUGCUAGUCUUGAAUGGUACUUGCCUCCAAAGCCAGAGUCAAACCUGAAGGUGAAUCUGAUACAGAAAAUAUCUGACAUUACAGCCGUGGAAGUACAUAGUGACAGCCACAUCUGUCUUCAGUUUAUGGAUGAAGUAACAGGGGCAGAGACGUCCUGGGAUCUUCAUGUGGCCUCAUCCGUUGCUGCUUGUCACAUUAUCCAGGCCAUACGGACUCCUUGGCUACAGCUCUUCAGUGUUGAUCUUCAGGACUUCAUCGGUGUUUAUCGAACGAAAGGAGGCGACCUUCUCGGCAUGACUCGAGUCACAGAUGGAACUUCGACUGAUAAUGAGAAAUUGGCGGGAGGAGAAAGGUUUACACAAGCCAAUAAUCAAGACUGGUGUGAAGUUACUGAAAUUACUAGAAAGUUGAAAUAUGAUCCUAAGUACCCAAUUCUAGGCUACAGUGAUAAUGUCAUUACACCUUAUGACAACGAAGAAAAACAUGCAUUAAACACAGUUGAUCAGCUACCUGCAAACCCUGAUAGUUCCUUUGAUACUGUGUGUGAAGCAGCAGUUACUGAACAUAUGGUUGCUCAAAGCUGCCCUUACACACCUGAAUUUACAUUAGAUACACACAAGCAUGAUAUUAAUAAUGAUAAAACUGAUAGCAGUUGUGUAGUUAGUUGCAAUUGGCAAGAAGCUGCACCAAUAUUUGAGGAGAAUAUAGGAGGAGAGUGUAAUGUAGUUUUUACCCAGUAAACUCAUGUGAAUAUACAUGUCUAAAGUGCUGUUUGCCACCAUGAAUCACUUUAAUAAUUUAUAACAGUACAUGUAUUAUCAUGUUUGCUAAACUAUAAAGCAUCUGUAUUUAACAACCUCCCCACCACAUCCUCAAAACAGAAUAAGUUGACAGUGCAUCUUAAAGGGGCGUAUUACACUUUUUUAAAUGUUGUUUAAUGUCAACCAAACUUUUUUUACUAGUUGUAUAUAAGAAGGGCUGCAACUGUUCUACGUUUCUGUAUUGCACCCUAUAAAGAAAGGGAGAUUUUUUUUCCAAUGAAUUUUACACAUUUUCAAUAACUACAACCACAAGUUUCAAAUGACAUCAUUUCUAUGACACUCAUAUAUCAUAUUAGCAUAUAAUAAAGGAUUUGGCUAAAAAGGAUUAUCCAAAAUACGUUUAGUUUUACUAAUACAAGUAGUCAAAGUUCCCCCAAAAAUAUAUGUCAAUAUUUCAUGUUUGCAAAGCUUUAUAAAAACAAUAAAUGAACUUAGGAAUAAAGUUUCUAGCAUUAUUGUAGAGACAUCAACUCUACAUAUAAGGUGUAAAUUUCAUGUAAAUUGAAAAAAAAUGAAAGAGGAGAUGCAAUUUUAUGUUACUUGAAAAUAAAUAAGAUCAAACACUCUGCCACCUGUGGUUGAAGUUGACUUCAACCAAUUUCCUCCAAAAUCUGCAUCUUUACAGAUAGGCAUACAUUCUGUACGGUGUAUAAGUUUCAUGCAAAUCAGCCGAUAAAAAAUAUGAAAAAAUUAAGAAAAACAUCUAUUUUUUUUUUUUUUU